UCUCGGAAAAACUACGACGUUAAUGUGUUUGGUCUACUCGCUGUAACACAAACAUUUCUCCCACUUCUAAGAGCUGCGCAAGGCAUGGUGGUCAACCAGAGUAGCAUUAGCGCCGUUGGAGCUAGAAAUCAACCGUUCAUUGGGAUGUAUAGCAGUUCAAAGGCUGCAGCUACGGCUAUAAGUAAUUCAAUUAGAGUAGAUUUCGAGCCGUUCAAUGUCAAGGUAAUCACUCUCAUGACAAGCGAUGUUCAAAUGAAGUUUUGGCAAAAAGCUUCAACAGCUUCAGUCGGAUUACCACAAUCAUCACUAUAUGAUCCUAUCAGAGACAGCGUUGAAGCUAUGAUGCGGGGAGAUUCAAACCCACCAGGUCAACAUUCACAUGAGAGAUGGGCAAGGAAAGUGGCAGAUGAUUUAUUGCGACGAAAUCCUGCGCCUUACGUACGAGGCGGAUAUUUGGUGAUGGCUUGUGAGUAUAUUCGUGCUCUGGUGGUUGCUUGA